AUGGAGGCAGCUGGACUGAAUGUCGAAGAUGAACUUAAAGUGCAAUCAUUCUCUAUAAGGCAAAUGUACUUAAAGCUAAUGACAACUCUGCUAAGAGUUGGUUGGAGAAAACUGAUAUAUAGCAAUCCUUCUCCUCCAAAGUGGCUAUUCAUGGGCUAUUUGGUGGUGAAUGGUAUAGUAUAUAGCAAAGAUAGGUUGAUCAAAUGGGGUAUGGAUAUGGAUCCCCUUUGCCAGCUACGUAAAGGGGUUGCUGAGACUAUAAAUCACCUGUUUUUCACCUGUCUAGUUGCUGCAGCACUGUGGAACAAGUUGUUACAGUGGCAAGGCAUUACAAGACAAUGUUGGGACUAG